AGGUAUCUGAUGGAUAGUUUAUGAUGACGUUAUGCAUCUUUGAAGAGAUUUAUUAGAAUGAGUGUUUCAAUAACCACGAACAAGGCAAUGUUCCGUAACUUGUGUUCCUUUUGCAAUCGCAGUCUUCUAUCGUCCCAGACACGACCCUUCAGUACACAAUAUUCCAAAACGCAGACUACAUGGAAUCAAAAAAAUGUGAGAUCUCUAGUAUCUGUACCUGCUAACAAACCACAAUUGAUCAGAAUUAAUAAGCAAUCGUCCCUUGGUUCGGAGGCUUUCCAGAGUCAAUUAUCAAUUGACCACAAGAGUAGUCAUGAAGAACAAACGAGAAGUACAACAUUGGACAACGGAUUGCGAGUGGUGACGGAGGAUCUGGGUGGUCUGUCUGCGUGCAUUGGACUGUGGAUAGAUGCUGGGUCCAGAUAUGAGACCAGUAGGAACAACGGAGUCGCACACUUCCUCGAACAUCUCAUCUUCAAGGGCACCCAGAAGAGGUCUCAGUAUGACCUUGAAAUUGAGGUGGAAAAUAUGGGUAUUCAACUGAAUGCAUAUACGUCGAGGGAACAGACAGUGUACUUCGGAAAGUGCCAGUCGAAAGACUCGGAGAAGCUGCUCGAGAUCCUCUCAGACAUCCUCACCAACUCAGUCCUCGACAAGGGAAGCAUCAACAGGGAACGCGAUGUUAUUCUUAGGGAAAUGCAAGAAGUCGAGAGUAAUCUACAAGAAGUCGUUUUUGAUCAUGUGCACGAAUACGCUUUUCGGGACUCACCACUGGGCUACACGAUUCUUGGUCCCGCGGACAACAUUCGAUCAAUCAACCAGAGUAUGCUAAUUGACUACAUUACCACUCAUUACAUAGCGUCUAGAAUAGUUUUAGUGGCCGCUGGUGCAGUUGAUCACGACGAAGUCGUUCAAUGGGCAGACAAGUUUCUCGGCCGAAUUCCAAAAGAGUCUCCUCUGAGCUGGACGCUGCAGCCGUACAACUACCAGAGCGCAACAUUCGGCAAAGAAGUUCCCGGCCUUGACAUUGCCAAUGUGGUGUUCACAGUGGAAGGAGUGGCAUGGGCAAAUCCAGAUAUAAUCCCCCUUAUGAUAGGCAACAUGCUCAUAGGGGCAUGGGAUCGGGGGUCAUCGAACCAGUCUGCGAAUUUCUUGUCUCCGGAGAAUAAACUAGCAGCAGCUUGUCUGAACGAAGGACUUUGCUACUCGUAUCAGUCGUUCAACACUUGUUACAUGGAUACAGGUUUGUGGGGUGUGCACUUUGUGAGCGGCGAAAAGAGCGUGAACAGGAUGAUAGAGGCAGUGUGUGCGGAGUGGGCAAGAGUGGCAUUCCAGAGUUCGGAUGAAGAAAUCGAGAGGGCCAAGAGGUCAUUAAAGACCAACCUCAUGCUUCAGAUGGACGGGUACCAACCCAUCUGCGAGGAAGUGGGUCGCCAGAUCCUCUGCUACGGUCGCCGUAUUCCCCUCGAGGAGAUGAACAAGAGAAUUGACCUUUUGACCCCGAAGCAAGUGCGUGACGUCAUCGCCCAUUAUGCACUGGACGCAAAAAAUAUUAAACCUGUUGUAGUUGGAGUUGGACCUGUCGCAGAUAUGAUGACAGCGAAUGAUGCAAAACAGAUGAUUCAAACUAAAUGCUAAAACAAUAAUUCACUGUAAAACUUAUGUAUUCAAAGAUGAUUGUUAAAGUGAAGUGAAGUUGAAAACUAACAUUUCUCAAA